AUGCUGAAAGGCAAGCUGGAGGAUGGCCCUUACACAUUGGCAGGAAACACCAUUGCUGGCUCUGCAAAUGCAUCUACAGUGCAAUUAUCUAAUGAUGACAAUGCAAGAUUAUGGUACAUGAGAUUGGGUCAUAUGAGCGCAUGUGGACUGGAGAUGUUGACCAAUCGUAACCUUUUGAAAGGCGAGAAGAUCAGUACACUUGAAUUUUGUGACCACUGCGUUCUAGGGAAGCAGAAGAAGGUCAGCUUCAGCACUGGCAAGCACAAGACAGGAGGGGUGCUAGACUACAUCCAUUCAGAUUUAUGGGGUCCCUUUAAACUUCCAUCGAAGGGUGGAAAGAGGUAUCUUCUCACUUUUAUUGAUGAUAUCUCACAAAAGGUUUGGGUGCGUUUUUUGAAGGCAAAAAGUGAUGCUUUUGAAGCAUUUAAAGAGUGGUAG